GGCAGAUGACUCAGAGUUGCUUGAUCGUGCUCGGUUUUAGAUCCUCCUGAAGAAACCGGGGACCUGGUCAGUGAUGGAACCGACCACCACGGUGCCGCCCGCCGUUGAGCUCUGAGGGACCCGGGGCAUCAUGUACAGUGUAGAAGACCUCCUGAUCUCUCACGGGUACACACUGUCGCGGAGCCUCGUGCCACCACGGGAGCAGAACCACGAGGGCCACCGGCCCGCAGGGACACGCCACCGAGCUGGCCACGGCCUGUUGAACGGCUACGAGAAGGACCCCACAGCCUCCGCACCCAGGAAGAGCGCCCCGGGCAGAGGCGGUGGUGCCCCGAGGAGCCCCAGGCCUCCCCAGCGAGCUUCGGAUGUGGGGUUUUACCACCAGCCGCCGUCAUCGCCAUCGGCAUGGACCUCACAGCUGCCGGCUGGGAAUGACCCUGGAGCUUGGAGAAAGAGGGGGCAGGAAUACAGCGGCCCACCAGGCCCCAGGGGCUGGGAGGACCCGGAUGUCCGAGGAUCUGCCCAGGCCCCCGGUCGGCCGGUCUACCUGAGGGAGGACCCGUGGGACGUCGGAGCAAGGACAGAGAAUGUGACCAGGAAGGCGUUUGGGGAAGAGGAGCUGAGAAUGUCGGGCGCGGCCCAGUGGCAGAGUGUGAGUGUGGAGAGCUGGCUGCAGCCGAGGAAGCUGGGCAGGCAGAUGUCUGACGGCUGCAGCAGCGGCAGAGAGAAGCUGUUUCAAGAUCUGUACCUGCCCUCCCCGGGAGAGCAUGUCCUGCAUCCUCAGAACAAGGGCAAGUCCCAGUCACUGCCGAAAGUCCUUUUCCCAGAGAGCCUGAACUACGUGGAGAUGCCCAUUCUGCUGAACGACGGGCAUUUAAUGCCUGGUGCCCCCAAGAUGCCCCUCUGCCCUCCCCAUCGGGCACCAAGUUUAGAAUCCACAAGGACCACUGAGAAGGGGGGGCUUGCCGGACCUUUGCCACAGCCUAAGUUUGGGAGACCCCUCAGACCGCCGUCUUAUGAACUGCACCAACAGGCCAGGGGAGGAGUGGACGGUGGCGAACACUUGGACCACCAGCUGGCGGAUGACCUGCCCGCGCCCCGUCUGACCAUAGCCAGUGACCCCAGGCAGGAGCGCAGUGGCUCCGACUCAGGUCUGGAGCCUCCGGUCUACGUGCCUCCGCCGUCCUAUCAUUCGCCCUCCCCGCACAUCACAAACCCAUACCUGGAGGAUUCCGCUCCCAGGCACGGGGGUAGGGGCUUCAGUCAGCAGCUGCCCCCCAGUGAGAAGACCACAGCUUCUCUGGAGACAGGGACCGAAUACGGUGUGAGCCCCCAAUCCCCCUGCCAGCACCCCCAAUACCCCUGCCCCAGCAGCGCCCACAGCACCUCUGUCCAGUACAUCCCUUUUGAUGACCCACGCAUCCGGCACAUUAAACUCACACAGCCCCAAGGCUUCUGCGAAGACAAGCCCCCCGAGAAGUUCUGUAACUCUCGGCCUGCUGCCCCCCCAGACCCAGCUCGCAGGAAGACGCAGCCUGGUGGUGCCUUCUCGAAUGUCCAAAGCAUGCCAUCCACAGCUGGUGAGGAAUGGGCCGCUGCCACGCCUAUGCCUGGACCCCUGUGGCUGCUGGGCUGGCCCUCCCGGGACAGGGAGCCCGGCGACAUUGCUCACCCAAGAGAUGGCCAUGCUGAGAGAGGACGAGGAGUUGACCUGAAAGGUGCCCCGGGCCCACGCCCAGGAGGCCCUGCCCCUUCCCCACACCUCCAGGCUGACAGGACCAGUGAAACUGUUACCAGACUCAAGAAGUUUGAAACCGGGCUCCAGACCAAGAAGAGUUCAAAGAAAAAAAAGAACGAGACUGUGUUUUGCUUGGUUUCCAUCCCAGUCAAAUCCGAAUCCCAUCUGCCAGAGACGGAUCAGAACAACAAUGACUUAGGGCCCAGUGCCCAUAGCAGGAGCCCAGUGCUGCCGGAGCACAGCCUCCUGAGCAUGUCCUCCACCGACCUGGAGCUGCAGGCGCUCACCAGACGCAUGGCCGGCAAGACAGAGCCACAGACACAAGGUCUGAGUGCAGCCGUGGCCAGGCAAACCGGUGACCCCAGAUUCGCUUGCCCGACCAAACACCCAGAGCUCAAGUACUCCGGCUCUUGGCCAAGUCACCAGCUCAGAGACCAGCAAACGCAAACUGCUUUCACCCAAGAACCCAAAAGACCACAGCCCCUACCCAGUGGAGAGCCUGGAGGCCCGGGGCACGUGGUGCUGACUCCAAACCAUUUAGACCCUGCUACCUCUGGUGCGCAGAUGCACACAGCGCCAGCCCCCGGUGACCACACGCAGCGGCCAAGUGGUCGUCAUUUCAAAGGUCAGACGUUCCUCGGCCCCUCGAGCGACAGUGCUUUCUCGAGGACGUCCUCCGCACCCAAAGCGUGCCCUGGUCAGCCCCGUCCGGGAACCCAGGUCCCCGGAGCGCACCCUGCCCCCCAGGGUGAGGUGCUGAAGGGGGAGCCCACAAGCCCAUGCAACAGCCAGCAGCUGUUUGGCCAGUUCCUCCUGAAGCCCGUGAACCGCCGCCCCUGGGAUUUGAUCAGCCAGUUAGAAAGCUUUAACAAGGAACUUCAGGAGCAGAGCGCGAGCAGGGAAGGCAGCAGUGAAGAAAGCGAGGCGGAGGGGCCGGGGGUCCUCAGCACCAACUCCGGGCGGCAGGCGUCCUCCUCCGCUGGGUUCAGCCAGGCCGUGAGGGGCCAGCAGCAGCCCGGGAUGCUGGGCCUGGAGGAACCUGUGGGGUUCAGGUUGGGACGGAAGAGUGGCAGCGAGGAGCAGCGGGCUGGCCCUCCAACCCCAGGCAUCCUGCAGGCGGGAGACAACCCAGGGCAAGCAUUCAGGUCAGAACAGGGCAGUGGGAUCACUGAGAAGGGGAGCCAGGAGGCCGGAACAAGAAGCAGCCAGCCAGGAGCCAGCCCCGGCCCUGUGGCAAGGAAGACGAUGGAAUUUGGGUUAUGUGACACAAAGCCAGCCCCGCCACUCCACCCAGCUGAGCCAAGGGAGCCUCAGAGGGGCCACACAUUUGCCAAUGAUGUCUGUGUGGUGGAAGCCAAGGAGGAGGAGGAGGGAGAGGAGGAGGAGGCCGCCCAGGGCAGGGAAGAGAGGGAGACACAGGUGGUGUAUCCCCUCUCUCUGGCAAGCAAACACCGGGGACUCUCGGCCCCAGACUUACGGUCCCAGGGGCAGGAGCCGAACACCAGCGAGUCAGAUGAACCCUUAGAGCAAGCACGUGCAAUAGACAUCCCCCCGAAAGAGUCCCUCCAAGAACGGGCCGAGCGCAUCCUGGGCAUCGAGGUGGCCGUGGAGUCCCUCCUGCGUGCCGGCCGGAGAGCUGGACUCUCGCGCCAGCGCCCCGAGGCUGACGAAAGUGCCUUCAGGCCGGCCUCGCCCAGGGAAGAGCCACCGCCCCCCUCAGCCCUGCCUAGGGCCACAGCAGCAUCAAAAGAUGCCUUUUAUGGCCGGAGAAAGUGUGGCUGGACGGAAAGUCCGCUCUUUGUAGGGGAGAGAGACGGGACCAGACGGACUCCCCUGGAGUCUGCCCACUCGGGUGUGGACAGGGCCCUCGCCUCUGGCCCCGAGCCCCUGGACCCCAAGGACGCAGAGACACGGCCGCCGUUCAGGUCCACCUUGUUCCACUUGGUGGAGAGGAGCCCGAGCGCUGAGAAGAGGUGCAGAAGCACUUCCCGGGUGAUCGAGACUUUGCAGGAGAAGCUGGCCUCCCCGCCCAGGAGAGCAGAUCCUGACCGCCUGCUGAGGAUGAGAGAGACUCUUAUGACCCCAGCAGAGUGGAACGGGUGUGAUGAGACCUCGGUGACCACAGGUGCUGACUGCAUGCCCUCUGACUCACUCGAGCCCACCAGCCCCGCUGGCCCACGCGUGCGCUAGACCCUGCGGGGCCUUUCCGUGUGGGUGCGUCCUUGACCUCCGCCGUCCAGACAGCCUCGCUUUGUGGCGCGCCCCAUCGGAGCGACACCUGCUUCUGGAGCCGGGAGACUUGCUCGCUGCCUCUGGAGAAGAGUGCUCAGAGACACUCUCCGUGAUGAUGGAUUUGGCCAAGUUGGCAUCUCUCCGUCUGUUGGUGUUGGUCUGGUCCUGGGUGGACAUGUCAGCGAGGGAGAGCUAGCGACACGAGUGUGAGAGGCGUGAGGAUGUUUGUUGGAGGUCCCCCCUUCCCUCCUCCACCCAGCUUGUGCCCCACACACCCUUGCCCCAUGCUUCCGCACUUUGAGUUGCGGGGAGAGCGCACACCGCCCAUGUCCAGUCCACCGGCCUGCUGCUGGGGGGACUCGGCUCGCGCGUGACUUGCCACCAGAGAGUGGAGGCAAUGCCUUUCCCGUUCCUAAGAGAUCGAAGCUUGUACGAUAAUGCGCUAAGAGUCCUCUAUUUAGCUGGCAAGGAAAUACUUUGAUCAUUAGCAAACGUACCACUGCCUGCUUUGCACUCAGUAUUAUCUAUUUUUUAUUUCCCGUAUGGAUGUCUAGAAAUUCUUUAUAUGAGAAAUAAUUGCUAGUUUAAAACAGACCAUUUUAACAAAGUAACUAUAUUUCUUUUUACAAAAAAAAAAAAAACCAAACCAAAAAAGUGCUAUUUUUCUAUGAUGUAAAAACGUUGUGAGGUGGCAGAUUUUUAAGGAAGUUUUAUUUUAUUUAAAAGAGCCGUGUCCCUCGGUGUGGAAGGGACCCGCGGUGGCUCACACACAGGCUUUGUCCCUUGUGCACUUACUUACAGUACUGCCCCUUCCUUCCCUUGUGAAAAGAGAGGUUAGUGGAUGCGUGACAGGGUUAAUAAAAUAACUUGCCCAAGACGUUUUUUUUUGUCCCCCACACCCAAAAGUAGCUGUAAAGUUGUAUCGGGAAAUAGCCCCUCCAAACAGCCAGCACCCUCCUUACAACGGUUUUUUGCUGCCCUGUCUAUCGACUACGAUGACCAAAAUAUAAGCUUCAGCCUUGUACGCCUGGGGGUGCUCUGUCUGGAGUACACUGACCUGCCCCUCUACCCCCCCCCCCGCCCCUUUUAAGAAUUAUGUAUUUUUAUCUAGAAUGUUCUCGGGUCAGACUCUGCAUAUUUUUUUAAAGUGCUUGGACACAUUGUACUAUGUAUUUGCCUUCACAGAAGUAUUACGAGGCCCAUGUAUUCUACUGUGUGGAAGACCACAUGAACCUGCCCAGAGCCGAGGCAUUUUUUGUGCAUUUACCCGUCUUUCUACCUAAGGUUGUCUUCCAGCCUAACAUCUCAUCAAGCUUCAGUCUUCUCCCGCACUCCCACCCUCCUGGCUGCCUUUUCUCUGUCUCCUUUGUUUUUUUGGUCAAACCACCUUAUCUAAUUUUAAACAUUUCAAAUUCUUAAAAUGUGAACUCUUGGGUGGUCUGUCAUUUGGCCCUAAAACAGCGCUUGCUGGGCAGCAGCGCUGGCCUGUUUUUAUCUGUACCAUAUGCUUUUAUUCCACAAGAACGCCGCGUGUCUGGACCCUAGGAAACAGAACGGACUCUGUCUCAGUAAUGCUGACAAUCUUCCCAAGGACACUGAUCUGCAGUCCUGGCUCCUACCUGCUCCUCAUCCACGUCGCCUCGGUGACCAGCUCUGAGGUCUUCUGACAGGUCAGAGUAGCUCAUGACGGCCAUCCACGUCUGGGCCAGGUCUCUGCCAUUUCUGGGGGAGGCUGUGUUUUCUCAGGAAGGGGCAGGGGGCCAAAGCCAGUCACGCCGCCAUCGUGGUUGACACUCAAGUCAUCUGGUAGAACUAACUCAGGGCUGGGCCACCUGGAGCUCCGGGGUCACCCUUCCCCCUCUAAAUGCAAUUGAAAGAAGGGAUAUGUAUGUGUCCCUCCUUCCGACAUAAGGAGGCUUCAAACUGUUCUUGGGGGGUGGAGAGGGCGGGAAAUCCAUGAUCUUUCCAUUCCAUUUCCCAUGGACUUUCUCAAGCCCCUUUGUGGAUAUGUGUGUGUGUGUGUGUGUGUGUGUGUGUGUGUGUGUGUGUGUGUGUGUGUGUGUGUGUGUGUGUGUGUGCUACCGUAUCAUAUCUUUACAUAGAUACGGGCACUGACACGCGUGCAAACAGUUCAGGGGAAAUGGAAUUUUCCCUGAGUUUUUGAAGCCGCCUUGAGUACAGUAAAAUCUGUGAACACUGCAGGUUCCUGGGUAGGGUGGAAACCUGUCAAGGGAUGGAAAACUCCAGCAUUUCCACUGACGGGGAGCAACAGAAAAGUGGUCAGCCUUCACCCUGUCAGAGGAGAAAACCUUUGAGACCCAGAGGAGCAGGGCCUUUCAGUUCUCACGGGCUUCGCCAUACGAAUAUACAAGGGGGCUUCAGAAAGUCGGUGGGGAAAUGGAGUGGGGAGAUCCUAGGUUCCCCCCAUCCUAUCAAAUUUUUGAACCCCUCCCCUCAUAAACUCUGUUCUGACUUCCAUGUAAAUGUUGAUAAUCACAAAAGACUCUUUCAAAAUCAGAAAAUUUCCAUUUUCACCUUAUUUCUCAGGAGAAAAAGUUCUUGCACCUUAAAUUUGCACUUGGCCGCUAACCAAAGCUUGGUGGUUCGAACCCACUUAGUCCCUUAUAGUGGAGCCUCUUUAUUCUGUCUCCCCAGGGCCCCCAUGAGUCAAAGUGGCACCAGAUGGCACCAGGAUGCGCAUCUUAGGCUACCCAAAUCUGAUGCUUUCCAGCACUGUCUCAUUCUAAAUUGUUAGAUUUUUCUGCAUUUCUUUGAAGCUACCAAUAUGUAUGCUUCUAGCCUUAAUUUCACCUUUUAGGGCUUCUGUGGAAUUAUGGAGAGAAACACAGACAUUCAAGUAAAUUCAGGCUGGCCUGUUAUGAGUCAGGAUCCAACUGGCAACAAGGUUUGGCUUUUUUUAGGGGGUGGGGAGGGUAACCUUGAUUUCUGGGUUCCAACAUUUCUUCUGGGUUUUUGAAAAAAAGAAUAACUAAAAAUGUAAGCCACUUAAAACUCUGGGUUUUUAAAUGUGCAUUCUUGAGAUAAUACAGCCUCUAAUCAAAAAUAGCUUUUCCAAAGGUUUUUACUUUAAUGCCAAAUAUUUUAUUAUUUCUAUUUCCCAUA